ACCCAGCUGUUGAUCGCCACUUGCCGGCUCGCGCUCAAGCCGUGUGGGUUGUCGGCGGGGCUUAUACUGAUUCAAGUGUUAAUUUUGUGUUUUAGCUGAGAAUUUGCACAUUCUUACUGCUGGAAAUUUAUUUUGCCUUUACUCUCAAGGCUCUUUGUGUUGAUCGUACGUUUUGGUGUGGUCACAACCUUGCCUGCUAACAGUUGUUUAAUUACUAGCUUUUUUAUACGGAAUUGAUCCUAUGAGCUGUACUUAUAUGAGAAUUGACUUGGUUACUCAAGCACUGUAACCAGAAGAUACUUGAUAAAAAGGACAUAUAUCCUAAGCUGAAAACUUGAAAAGUACUUAAGAUGAUUCGCUUAUUGUCUGUGUCUGGUAUGGUUUUACGGAACAACUUCAACAGGACAUUUUCUACAACGAGAAGCUGUGAGAAGCUGCGUGUGGCCAUCAUCGGCCAGAGCUCGUUCGCCGGCGAGGUGUACAAGCUGCUGCGCAAGGAUGGCCACACGGUGGUGGGCGUGUUCACUGUGCCCGAUCAGGGCGCGCGCGAGGACCCCGUCGCCACGACGGCGGCCGCGGAUGGCGUGCCCGUCUUCAAGUUCAAGUCGUGGCGCAAGAAGGGCGUGGCGCUGCCCGAGGUGCUCGAGCAGUACAAGUCGGUGAACGCCGAGCUGAACGUGCUGCCCUUCUGCAGCCAGUUCAUCCCCAUGGAGGUCAUCAACGCGCCGCGACACCAGAGCAUCUGCUACCACCCGUCGCUGCUGCCGCGCCACCGAGGCGCCUCGUCCAUCAACUGGACGCUGAUGUGCGGCGACAAGAAGGCGGGCUUCUCGAUCUUCUGGGCGGACGACGGCCUGGACACGGGCCCCAUUCUGCUGCAGAAGGAGUGCUCCGUCGACCCGGACGAGACGGUCGACACGCUCUACAACAAGUUCAUGUACCCGGAGGGCAUCAAGUCCAUGGCUGAGGCGGUGAAUAUGGUGUCCGCGGGCACUGCGCCGCGGGUGCCUCAGACAGAGGAGGGUGCCACCUACGACCCGUUCCUCAAUAAGAAGGAACUAGUGCGUCUGGACACCGAGCGGCCGGCCGAGGACAUUCACAACUUUAUCCGAGGGCUGGACAGCUCGCCCGGAGCCUGGAUCAUGAUGGACGGUAAGGAGACCAAGCUGUACGGCUCGAAGCGCUUCUCGGGGCCGAAGCCGACCGGCACCGAGGUGGCCAUCGAAGGCUGUGACCGGCCGGGCGUCAUCUGCUCCCACGGACUCGUCAUCACCGGCUCGGACGGCAAGAUGGUGUCGGUGGCGCGUCUCUCCGUCGAGGGUAAGUUCGUGCAGGCGGCCAAGUACGGCCAGGCCGAGGAGAGCCGCGAGCGACUCGAGCUGACCGCCGAGGAGACGGCCGUGGCAGAGGACCUCCGAAAAACCUGGGCCGACAUCCUGAAAAUCGACGUCAGCGACGAGACUGACUUUUUCGUGGCCGGCGCCGGCAGCAUGGACGUCGUGAGGCUGCUGGAGGAGGUGAAGAUGAAGUCGGGGGUCGAGCUGCAGAACGAGGACGUCUUCAUGGCCUCCAAGUUCGACGACUUUGUACAGACAGUGGUGUUUGUGGCCCGCGGCGGCAGCCUGAAGCCCGAGUUCACCUAUGACGCCAUCAAGAUGCACGUCAACAACAUGGACAUCUCGUUCCCGCACCAGAUCUUCAUCAACAACGAGUUCACGGAGAGCAGCACGGGUCGACAGAUCACCUCCAUCAACCCGGCCGACGAGUCGCCCAUCUGUGACGUGGCGCGGUCGUCGCCGUCCGAUGUGGACCGCGCUGUGCGGGCAGCGCACGAGGCCUUCACAGAGGGCGAGUGGGGCAAAAUGAACGCCAGGGACCGCGGUGCGCUCAUGUUCAAACUGGCCGAUCUGAUGGACCAGCACAAAGAGGAGCUGGCCACCAUCGAAUCCAUCGACUCGGGCGCCGUCUACACGCUGGCACUGAAGACGCACGUCGGUAUGUCCAUUGACACGUGGCGGUACUUCGCCGGCUGGUGCGACAAGAUCCAGGGCAAGACGAUACCGAUCAACAACGCCCGGCCCAACCGGAAUCUGACCAUCACCAAACGCGAGCCCAUCGGUGUGUGCGGCCUGGUGACGCCCUGGAACUACCCCCUGAUGAUGCUCUCCUGGAAGAUGGCCGCCUGCCUAGCGGCCGGUAACACUGUGGUCAUCAAGCCGGCCCAGGUGUCCCCGCUGACGGCGCUGAAGUUUGCCGAGCUGGCGGUCAGGGCCGGCUUCCCGCCGGGCGUCAUCAACGUGGUGCCCGGGUCAGGCGGCGAGUGCGGUCAGGCGAUAGCCGACCACCCGCUGGUGCGCAAACUCGGCUUCACCGGCUCCACUGAGAUCGGCAAGGUCAUCAUGAAGUCGUGCGCAGAGUCCAACCUGAAGAAGGCCUCGCUCGAGCUGGGCGGAAAGUCGCCGCUCGUCAUUUUCGCCGACUGUGACAUGGACAAGGCCGUGCGCAUGGGUAUGAGCAGUGUCUUCUUCAACAAGGGCGAGAACUGCAUUGCGGCCGGCCGUCUCUUCAUCGAAGAGUCCAUCUACGACGAGUACCUGCGCAGAAUUGUCGAGGAGAUCGGCAAAAUGACGAUCGGCGACCCGCUGGACCGUUCUACGCAGCACGGCCCGCAGAACCACCUGGCUCACCUGGAGAAACUGCUCGAGUACGUCGACAUCGGCGUCAAGGAGGGUGCGCGUCUGGUGGUUGGCGGGAAGCGCGUGGACCGUCCCGGCCUCUACAUGGAGCCCACCGUGCUGGCAGACGUCGAGGACCACAUGUUUAUCGCCAAGGAGGAGUCGUUCGGACCCAUCAUGGUCGUCUCCAAGUUCGCAGAGGGUGACGUGGAGGGUGUGGUCCGACGCGCCAAUGACACCGAGUACGGCCUGGCCUCUGGCGUGUUUACGCGCGACGUGAACCGCGCCCUGUACGUCUCGGAUCGGCUCGACGCCGGCACCUGCUUCGUCAACACCUACAACAAGACGGACGUGGCCGCCCCCUUCGGCGGCUUCAAACAGUCCGGAUUCGGCAAGGACCUCGGUGAGGAGGCACUUAACGAGUACCUCAAGACCAAAACCAUCACCUUCGAGUACUGAGCCGGCGCCCGGCUGAUGACGUCCCGGUUGUAUGAUGACGUCAUGACCGUGUGAUGACGUCAUCGCUACCAACUGAAGAUCACUGCGCCGGGCGGACCUAGUUACGCCGCCAUCGGACUUAUGUCAAACUACCGAAUGUGCUCACUGGCUUAGUAAAAGGUCGGGCGUGUCAAACCGCUCAAUGACUCGUUGAAAUGUCGGGAGCCAGUGUCGCUCAGUGCCGUCGGAAAGUGCCGUCAUGCUGAUCUGAUCGGUCUCGUCGCGAUGGACAAGUGACGCGAUGAGCCCGUCACGAAAUGAACCUCUCUGGUGAUCUGAUUGAUACUUACAAACAUCCCUGGCUGUUGGGAUGUGUUCAAAGAUGUUGUAUAUAAAGGUCACUAGCGGGCCACGCGUGCUUCCCGAAACCUAUUCGGGUACUCUGGAUCAGGGUUUGACUCUGGAUCUAUUUUCACCAGCGAUGGUAUCGCUAAUUGUAGCUAUUUGUGGACAUAUAACAGGGAUAAAAACUGGUAUGGUGCGAAUUUUUAGGAUAUUGUGCGCAACGUCGAAGUGGUCUUUGGACGUUGUAUGUAGCCCUGUUUUAUUGGGCUGCACAGUGCACACUAUGGGUUAAAGUCGCGUGUUUAAGGCUAUGAUUUGAGCUCUGACUUUUGUUGAUAUAUUUUUACGACGUGUGUCGUUUUCAAUGAGUGGUGCGCUAAUUUGAGUCUCAGUGACUGUUGUUUACUACUUACAACUCUGUUGCGCUUUGCCGUGUAUGUAAAGCGCCUUCGGAGUAUCGCUUAAGUAUUCAGUCAUCUCCGUGGUAGCUCACAGUCUGAUAUCAGUAAGCACAGAGGGGUGGUGAAUUUCAAUAGUCUCUGAACAACAAAUAAUUCGCAGACGUCUGAUUGUGUAUAGCUUUGUGUUUGCUGUUUUUGUGCUGCCAUGCUGUGGCUGAAUCUCGCCUCAUCUGCGACUGCCACCUCGGUGUGAGUUUAGACUGGGUUAAGAACUGCCGAGCCGUAUGGGUCUUUUGCUUUAUCCCUGGUUGGUGUGGACUGUGGAAUCCAUGGUUCAGAGUAUGCUGGUCUUUGUACGUAGAGCUUUUUCCAUUUGUAAAUAAACGGAAUAUCUGGUUUA